UUCCGGUUGAGAGAUAUAAUAUGGCGCGGGUGUUAAAAAAUUAAUAGAAAAAAUAACAAAAAUUCUGUUGAUAAUCAAAUAUUCAAAUUGCAAAAAAAAAGAGAAUAUAAUAAAAAUUGUUGUUAAUGGCAAAAUAUCAUAAAAUUAUUUUAAAUGCCAGCGACAAUAGAAAUGAUAAUAUGAUUUGAUAAAAUUAAAAUUGAAUAGAAUUUUUAUAAUAAAAAAAUUUCAAAUAAAAGAAUAAAAAAUAAUAAUCCAUUUUCAAAGAUAACGUCAAAGAAACGCAACGACAAUAAAAUGUUUUACGGUUUGGUGAAUGUGACUUAUUUCGAUUUGGUCACCGUCGGUUUUACCUUUGCGGUUUUGAUUGCGGUGCAAAUUUUGAAUGCCCUGUGGGCUUUAAAGGAUAAGGGCAGUGUCGAUUGUACGGAUAACUGUGCCUCCGUCGUGGGUGAUGACAAUUUCAGGAAAUUAUUAAAAAUAAAUGAAAACGGGACAGAGGUCGCUGAGAAGACCCCUCCUAUUUUGCAUAAAAGAUCGCCAUCAUCGCCAGUGACAACAGCAACAAGCGCGACAUCGCCGGCUGCCACCCCACCCCCAACAACAAAAAAUGGCAAAUUACAAAAGCAACAAAGUGAACAAUGUGAAAACGUUUCAUGUUUUUCGUCUUCGUCUUCAUCAUCAACGCAGUUGCCAUCGUCUUCGUCCCCGACUUCCUCAUCGUCGUCGUCUUCGUCCACGUCGACGCCAUCAUCAUCAUCACAUACACCGCCAACAUUAUCAAUACGCCAUUCCAUGGGAAAUCUCUUCAAUGGCAACACCGGAUAUUCACUGCCCAACUUUGCCACGGCCAUCACGUCCUGUUACCCCGAUAACUUGAGUGAUGAAUAUCACGAAGAUGAGGAUACCAUAUCGUUGGAGAACCUUCUGCCCUGUGAUCACACUGAAAUCUAUUCGUCGAAUAAAAUCAGCUACAUCAUCGAUGAGCUACUCCAAACGGAGGGCAACUACAUCAACAAUCUGAAGAAGGGCCUUCAAAACUAUGGCAACUUGGAUAAAUACGACAAGUUGCCUGAAUCGCUGCGCGGUGAAGAUAAGAAACAACAAUUGCUGGGCAAUAUUAAAGAGAUCUUGGAUUUGCACGAGAAACAAAUACUGCCGCUGAUGCUGGGCAAUCAGCGGGAUUUGAAGACAAUGUUUGAUGAGAUGACAUCAUAUAUCGAUAAAAAUCAAUUUUAUUGCUACGUUACGUUUACGAUGCAUAAACAGACAUCAAUGCAGUUACGCAAGGAUAAUCGCGAGUGGUUUCAGAACUAUCAAAAUGAAAUCAACGAUCGUCUGGGCAUUGAUAGUUUUCUGGUACAACCCAUACAAAGACUGACUAGAUACCCACUCUUACUGUCACAAUUUAUUUCGGAAUUCUAUAAAAGUGGUAUAAACUGUAAGCCCGUAUUGGUAUCGGUGUGUAAAUUGGAGACACGCUUGCGCCGACUACUCGAGGUGGUUAAUCAAUCUGAAGAAGUGCUAAGCAUUGAGGAAUUGCCAACAGAGUUCACCAUCGACCACUUUGGUGCCUUUCGCCGUUCCACCGAAUUCGAGGCCUACAGCUGUCGUUCCCGCAAAAAGUUCAAAGCCAAAGUCUUUCUGUUCGAUCAGUACUUGGUUUGUGUUGAAAUACGCAAACGCCGUCUGGCCUAUCGCAAUCACUAUUCGUGGGGUAGCAUAGAAUUGAAAUUGAAUUCUUCGAAAAGUGUAUCACUUCUAAUGAAAUCAACACAUGGAGCUGGCUCCAGCAAUCAUAGCCUCUCAUCGGCCGGCAGUGGUAGUGGUAAAAGUUCCCGUGAUAAUUCCAUUAAAGAGGAAUAUGAAUUCUCAGCACCGGAAGCGAUAUCGGUGACACAGUGGUUGCGCUGUGCCCGCAAAAUCUUCGAAAAUGCCCGCAUCGAAGAGUCACAGAGGGGGAAAUUCUCAUUGCCCAUGGAUUUGGUGUUGGGCGCCGUUUUUGCCAUUUGGUUAAUUUGGCAUUAUUUGUAUUAAUUUUAGUUUUUUUUAUUUAAAUU